AUGGACCAAGCAACGACCAGCCAAGCCCAAGCCGUAGCCGACGACGGAGGUGAUGACCGUCGCUAUGGACCUUACGAUCCUGCACGAGUCGAGGCAACGCGCAAGCACUAUAACCCCAAAUGUCGACUAUGCCAUAAGAGAGGCCACCGAGACCUAAACUGCCCGGCGCUGAGGACGGCGGUAUUUAUGGCGCUUCGUAGACGUGUCGUACGGGGACUGCAGCAACAAGGGCUGCCGAUCGAGGAAAUCUGCCAACAGAUACGAGAGGCAUUGUUCCAAGCAAACCCACAUUGCUCGCUGGAAAAAUUGGAGGAUCUGUACCAGUUUAGCGAUCAAAGCGUUCGAGAAGACGUGCAGUUUAUUCAACAGCAGCAGCAGACAGCGCCACCACAGGUCGAGGGCGUGGUGGCAAUGGAGGUGGAUGGGGAGGGGGACCAAUAG